UAUUUAUGUAAGUUUUAUAUAUACAUGGUUGUAUUUUUUAGUUUUACUUGAGGGAAAGAAGUUUGAAGAUACUGAGAGAAGACCUCCCUCAUCUGAUCACUCCUACAUAGCAACACCUCAGUGUUCACCUCCUUUCACAGACAGAUCAGUGCAAACAGAAUUGACCAUGAAUGACAUUACAAAGUUGAGUGAGGAGAACAAAAAUCUGAAAGCUAAAUUAGCUGAUAAAUCAUCACUGUUAAGAGAUGCUUUUGUUGAAAACAUAACAAAAAAUGAUGCAAAUGUUAGAUCAUAUACUGGUUUACCAUCUCUUGCCCUGCUAUUAGGAAUAUUCAACAUACUUGUUUCCAAAUGCUCUUCUCUGAAGUAUUGGUCUGGCCAAGAAAGUGCCAAAGAAAAAAAUUACCAGAGAAACCCGAGACGCGAGAAACCUGGUCCAACGAGAAAACUGUCUCUUUUUCAGGAAUUUAUAUUGACACUUGUUCGUUUACGCUUAGGAAUUUAUGAAUUUUGCCUUGCAGAUGUGUUUGGAAUUUCAAAAUCUAGAGUUUCACAAAUUUUCAUAACAUGGAUUACUUUCAUGUCAAAUGUUUUUGGGUAUUUAAUAAGAUGGCCAACUAGAAAUCAGGUCAGAAAAUAUAUGCCAAUGUCUUUCAGGAAAAAUUAUCCCAACACACGUGCAGUCAUAGAUUGUACAGAGUUCUUCUUUCAGCGUCCUCGAUCACCCACUUCUCAGGCAGCUACAUACAGCACUUACAAAUCUAAGAAUACAGUGCAAUCACACCCAGCAGAAGUGCAACUGCCAUCAGUACAAUUCAAGAGGCACCAUGUCCUGUAG